AUGCCAGGCUAUGAAUUGGACCAGAGUUCCAUCCCCGUGAUCGACAUUUCCGAUGCUUCGGAGACGGUAGCCCAGCAAGUGCUCGACGCCGCAUCAAAGCAUGGCUUUCUCUACAUCAAGAAUGAUGGCGUGACCAUCCCGCCUCAAGACAUAGACGACAUGUUCAGCCUUAGCAAAGCCUUCUUCGCCUCUCCCAAGGACCAAAAGGCCCAAUUUGCAAUCCACUCAGACAAAGCAGGAGGCAUAAACCGCGGCUGGGUAUCCAUGCAAGGCGAAUCGCUGGAUCCACAAGGACAAAAGCAAGGCGACCCAAAAGAAGCCUUCAACAUCGGCCCACCCCAGCCCACCCUCCAACCCCUUCCCUCUCCCCUCUCUUCUUCCACACCCCUGAUAUCCCGCUUCCAAAUCUCCUGCCACACCCUUUGCACCCGCAUCCUCUCACUACUCUCCACCGCCCUUCGUAUCGAGGAUCCCGACUACUUCAGCACGCGGCACGACCAGUCCCGCGGGCCCUCAGGCAGCAUAUUCCGCCUUUUGUACUACCCACAGACGGCGCAAGGAGCAACAGCGACGACGAGCAUCCGCGCAGGCGCACACUCCGACUACGGAAGCGUAACACUACUAUUUCGACUGCCUGGCCAACCAGGCUUAGAACUACUGACUGGCGAUGGCGAAACGUGGGUUCCCGUGCCAGUGAAUCCUAGCCCGCAGACUCUGCCUCACCCGCCUAUCCUCGUGAAUAUCGGAGAUCUGUUGUGCUACUGGACAAACGGGCUGCUCAAGUCGACGGUGCACCGUGUGGCGUUUGAGGGCGGCGAGGAGCGAUACAGCAUGGCGUACUUUUGCCAUCCCCUCGAUGACGUGCGCCUGGAUGCUGUGCCUAGUCCUCUGAUUGAGGAGUUUGGGCGCCAAGGCAAGGGAGAGGCAGAGUUGAGGAGUCAAAGGAAGAGAUUGGGGCUGAGCGAGGAUGGAGACGACGAGGUCAUUACGGCCAAGGGGCAUUUGCAGAGGAGGCUGAAGGUUACUUACGGGAUAUGA